AUGGAGACCGCAGAGGAUACCAGUAAUGUGACUAGUGCUACUUCUACUUCUACUGCCGAUAGUAUGGAGCAAACGGCGGGAAGAGAACCGGAAACCAUUGCGGAAUCCCUCUCCGUCAUGUUCAACAAUAACGAACUCUCAGACGUCUGCUUCAAAUUCCCCAACGAGACAGUGGAAGAAAAGUGUGUAUUGAAGGCACACAAGCUGAUCCUUGCUAUCCGAAGCCCGGUAUUCAAAGCCAUGUUUUACGGAACCUUGCAAGAAACUGGUCAAGAUGUCAACAUUGAAGAUAUCUCUUACGAGAUUUUCCAGUCUUUACUAAGAUUUAUCUACACAGACAGAAUAAAACUGGAGGGUGACACUGUCAUCCCGACUCUACACGCUGCCCAAAAAUACCAGAUACCCUCCCUGGUCAACCAAUGCCAGUCGUUCCUUGAGGCAGCAGUUGACAGCGACAACGCCUGUGUUAUAUUUAGUCAAGCCAGUUUAUUCGGUCUCAGGGAACUGGAAACCAAUGUGCUCAGAUUUAUCGAGUUUAACACUACAGAGUGCUUGCAGUCCGACGGAUUCCUAUCACUGAGCAAGGAUAAUUUGCGGGAAGUUCUCAAGAACGGAAAAUUCUGCACCUCGGAGGAAAAUCUCGUGAAAGCAGCUCUUCGAUGGGCGGAAGAGGAAUGCAAUAGAAGAGAGUUAGAGAUUACUGGCGAAAACAUCAGAAAGUCUCUCGGAGAGAAUUUGUAUUUGUUACGAGUUCCGUUACUCUCCCUGGAUACCUUUUCGCACCUGCUUGUUGCAACGCAAAUCUUGGAUGACGUCGAGCAGUUAGAUUUAUACAAGUAUUUUACCCUGGACAAAUUUGAGGGAGGAGCCCAAAAAUUUCAGAGAGACGCUAGAUUUGAGAACGCCCCAACGGAAGUUAAAGUACAGACACUGUACGGGUCUUUGGGCCAAAGAACGGCGGGACUAGUGUGCAAGCAGAAGAUUUCGGUUCGUUCAAGGUUUCCAGUCAAACUGUGUCAAAUCAAAUUGUUGCCAUUUCCAAGCAAGUCCCUCGAUGCUAACUUCUAUCAAUAUCACAUGCACAAUUCUCAUAAACAUGAGCAGGGGCCAGAUAUCAAAAUUAUCGUUUUGGAGCAAGUGGAAGGCGAGGAGAAAACUCAAACAAUAUACGAAGGACUGAGAACAUCCACCAACCUCGCGCCCGUGCCUCUGGACUUUAUCUUCACAUCUGAAGGCGACCCUUCCCAUAAGGUCCAGCUCGUGGUGUGCGUCAGUUCUAAAUGCAGAACGUGCGGUGUAGCCACAGCGCCAUUCUAUCAAACCAUCUGUAAAGAGGCUGGCCUCACCAAAUUCAUCCCUAAGCGAGUGGUAGUGUCCAAUGAAGCUGUAGACAUGAUUCUCCAAGGUCACAACCUAAUCGAAACAAUGACCUUCAUGAAAGUAUGACGCGUCUGCGUUUUGGUGUCAAAUUCUGCAUAAAAUUUUUAUCGUAGUAUAUAAAAUUUAACAUCAUACACUAUACUAACAGUUAAAAUGAUACUAACAAGUAUGAUUUAUCAAACACAAAUUCUAAUUUUAGCCAUUGUGACUCUACUGUGCGCGUUGCUAAUACUAACCAGUACAACAUGGUUGUUUCAGCAAUUCAAUGAAGUUUUCUUCGCAUAAUUCAAAUUUAUUUUUUAUUUACAUAGCUAUAUAUUUCUUAAAUAUCGAACGCUUCAAAUGUGAUACAUUUUCGUUGAAUUUGUCUCGAAACCGGUUAUUCUUGGUAUUGUAAGUAUUG